GAUAAAUACAAAAAGCGCUUGCCAGCUCUGAAAAUCUCCAAAAUGCAGAAAACCAAAUGGUAGAGUGUGCUCCCAAAACACAUUCAAAAUCUGGAAGUUCACAUUCAAAAUCUGGAAGUUCAGAAAGUCUUAUAGAGAGAGAAAAACACAAGAUAGAGUGAGAAAAUCUAGAGAGAGAGAGAGAUUUAGUGAGAGAGAGAUUCAGAAGUGCUCGGAAAAUGGGAUGCAAAGAAGCUUCAGUAGAAGAAGAAGCAGAAACGAUGUCGUUGUCGACAGAGAAUCCAAACCACCCUUGUCCAUCACCAUUGAAGAAAAAUAAGCCACCGCCGAACUGGUCUGACCUCUGGCUCAAGAACACCAAGUCCCUCAACCAUGUCUUUUUCACCAUGCAGCUCCCUCCUCUCACUUCUUCACCCAAAGACCCAAAUCACAAAACCUUCAUCUCCAAUUUCUCCAAGAUCGAUCGGACCCUCCUCUUGUCCGACGAGAUUCUUCUCCGAAUCCUCUCCAAGCUGCCGGAGUCUCAGCAGCGCAAUCACAACUCCCUCGUCUGCAAGCGCUGGCUCAGCCUCCAAGGUCGUCUUGUACGUUCUCUCAAGGUCUUGGACUGGGGGUUUCUUCAAUCGGGCCGAUUAAUCUCCAGGUUUCCCAAUUUGAAUCGCGUCGAUUUGCUUUCUGGGUCUUUAAUUUCGGACCGAAAAUCGAGCAUUUUAUUGAGCCAGAGACAGUUUUCGGUUCAUACCAGUUCACGAUUCUCGCCGAAUCGGAAAGUUUUCCAGGCAGAUUUGCUUCCCGUUGAGGUUGUCGAUAGAGGGCUAAAAGUGUUAGCCGGUGGGUGUCCGAACCUGCGAAAACUUGUAGUGAUUGGUGCCAGUGAAUGGGGUUUGAUGGAUAUAGCUGAGGAGUGCCCGACCUUGCUUGACUUAGAAUUGCAUAAAUGCAACGACAAUGUGCUUCGGGGCAUUGCGGCUUGCGAGAAUUUACAGGUGUUAAAGCUGGUCGGCAAUGUCGAUGGGUUGUAUAAUUCCCUGGUUUCGGAUAUUGGGUUGACGAUUCUAGCUCAAGGUUGUAAGAGACUGGUGAAACUUGAGCUCCGUGGCUGUGAAGGAAGCUUUGAUGGUAUGAAAGCUGUUGGACAAUGUUGCCAAAUGCUUGAGGAAUUGACUCUUUGUGAUCAAAGAAUGGAAAGUGGGUGGUUGGCGGCACUUUCUUAUUGUGAGAAUUUGAAGACUCUGAGGUUUCAAUCUUGUAAAAAGAUUGAUGCUAGUCCUGGACCAGACGAGUACUUGGGUUCUUGUCCAGCUCUUGAGCGGUUGCAUUUGCAGAAAUGCCAAUUGAGGGACAAGAAGAGUGCCAGAGCCUUGUUCAUGAUAUGUGGGGAAGUGAAAGAGAUUGUUUUUCAGGAUUGUUGGGGUUUGGAGAAUGACAUCUUCAGUCUGGCAAGUAUUUGCAGGAAGGUCAAAUCCUUAUCUCUAGAAGGAUGCUCAUUGCUGACAACAGAGUGUCUGGAAUCUGUAAUCCUUUCCUUGAAGGAGCUUCAAAGUCUUAAAGUAGAAUCAUGUAAGAACAUUAAAGACAAGGAUAUUUCCCCUGCACUUUCAACCCUAUUUUCUGUUCUUAUUGAGUUGAAAUGGAGACCAGAUAAUAAAUCUCAUCUUCCACAAAGUGCCAUGGGUACUAGCAUGGGGAAGAAAGGUGGUCGAUUCUUCAAGAGGUCUAUAUGACAGAGAUCCAAAAGUUUCUAAUUGCUGGUAAAAAUCUUACCCCUUGAUCGUAUGCUGUGUUGCUGAAAAAAGGCCGUGUUUGUGAAGAUCUUGUAACUUUGUAAUCAUUUUGUUGUCCGUUUAGAUGGUUAACUUAGAUGUUGACUGAGGAAUGAAUGUUCUUCUUCCACAUCCAUGGGUUAGAGCAAUGGGAUUGAUGCAAGUAAAGAACAUUCGACCCUAGCUUAGUUUAUGUUGGGACAUAGGUCCCAUUCACCAUAAUGUUUAGAUAGAUAGAUAUAUAUAUAUAUAUAUAUAUAUCAUAUAAUUAGUUUGUAUGAUAUAGUUUAUAUUUUAAAACCAGUAUUGUUUUCUACUAGA